UGGUUGUGUUCAUGUGAAACAACAGAGAAAAAGAGCCGAGUGAAGCUGAGGGUUGAGUGACAGCGGAUCGAUGAGCUCACAAACCUCCAGUUUUCAGGAGGACGACUGCUGACGACCACUUUUCAUUCUGGGAGGAGAGAGAGAGAGAAAUGAGGCUGGAUAAUUAGGAAGAGGAGGAUGAAUCCCCGAAGGGACGGAGAGCAGGGAGAUGUGUACAUGCAGCUAUUAGCUCCAUCCCUCCGUCUCUAUCUCUUUAAGAGCUCAGAGAAGGAGUGUGCGUUCAGAGAGUGUGUGUGUGUGUGGGGGAGGGGUAUUGGCUGGGAUGGAACAGUCCUGUAAUGAGCAGAUUUCAGAGCGAGAGAGAGAGGCAGAGAUAGAAAGAGAAAGAGAGAGAGAGGCCGAGAAGCAGGAGAGGGCAGAUGACUUGGUGGAUUUAGGAAACAACAACAAUCCAGAUUCAGACGAGCGUUGAAACGAAGGAGGACAAAGGGAAGAGGAGACGAAUCGCUUUUCUUCUGCUUGUGUUUUUUCCUCCUCAUCUUCAGGUCGCAGCGGAGAGAGGAGAGAUGUUCACUGUGUGUUGUGUCUGCUGAGGUGUGUGUUUGUGUGUCUGUGUGUCUCUGAGCGUUAGCCCCAUCGCUUGUUUCCAGGCCACGCUACAGAGAAAUCUCCUCCUCUCCUCUGCUCCUCUGAUCUGUUAUCACUUGAUGUGGUUGGAGUGCAGCAGCCUCUCCGUCUUGUUGCCGGUGCGGCAGGAUGUGCGGAUGCUGUAAUGUCUGACUGAGCCGCUCGCCGCUCUGUGGGCCUCUGGGACUGCUGGAAAAGCCUAGGCCUCGCUCGUCUGGAGCGCCCUGCUGCACGGCCGAGGCGACGGGCCGGCGAGCUCCCCGGCUGCGAGGCUGCGGAGCAGGAAGGUGGAGGAGGAAGUGGAGGAGGAUGAGAAGCCUGCACGGCCAUGGGGAGCAGCGUGCACGGCAGCUGCGUUCGUCACUCCAGACCCGUCGCUGAGGCUUAGAUCUCUUCUUCGUAACGUGAUGCUCUCUGUGAUGUGUUGUGCUGUUUUUAAAUCGAGGAGCUGUUACAUCCUGAGCUAAGAGGAGAGGGAGAGUGGAGGCCCUGCACCUCCAUGUUACCUGAGUCAGACGAGGCCUCCUCCCUCCUCGCUCCCUCGGAGUGAACCGGGCCCUUGUCUCUUUCUGUUUCUUGACGUUCUAAGGAUUUGCCUAAACCUGUUUCAUGCAUGUCCACUGGAGGCAGGUUUGACUUUGAUGAUGGGGGGUCGUACUGCGGGGGGUGGGAGCAGGGUAAGGCCCACGGCCGAGGGGUCUGCACGGGGCCCCAGGGUCAGGGCGAGUACGCAGGGGCCUGGAGCCACGGCUUCGAAGUCCUGGGCGUGUACACGUGGCCCAGUGGGAACAGCUACCAGGGCACCUGGGCGCAGGGCAAGCGGCACGGCAUCGGCGUGGAGAGCAAGGGCCGCUGGGAGUACCGGGGGGAGUGGACGCAGGGGUUCAAGGGUCGCUACGGGCAGCUGGAGAGCACGGCCAGCGGGGCCCGGUACGAGGGGACGUGGAGCAACGGCCUGCAGGACGGAUACGGCACAGAAACCUACUCUGAUGGAGGAACCUACCAAGGCCAGUGGUUGGGUGGGAUGCGUCAUGGUUAUGGCGUGCGGCAGAGUGUACCGUACGGCAUGGCGGCCAUCAUCCUCUUCCCUCUGCGAACAUCAAUAAACUCCCUCCGCUCCGAGCACAGCCACGGCGUCCCGGCUGUGCUGGAGGACGGCACCACCACCGCGCCCACAGAUGGGGUGGUGGCCGGGCUGGCCGGGAGCCCAGUGGGCCGAGGUGGGUUUGCUCUGACGGCGCCAAGUGAAGCUGAACGCCAGAGGAAAAGAAAAGGUCGUUUCCGUCAGUCCAUCCUGAGCGGCCUGAAGCUGCGACGCUCCGAGUCCAAAAGCUCGCUGGCCAGUCAGCUCAGCAAGCAGAGCUCCUUCUGCAGCGAGGCCGGCAUGAGCACCGUCAGCUCUGCGGCCUCCGACAUCCACUCCAACGCCAGCGAGGGCGAGCAGGGCCCCCCUGUGGACGCCACUGUCACUGAAAUGUAUGCAGGGGAGUGGCGGAGCGACCAGAGGGCGGGCUGGGGCGUGAGCCGCCGUUCGGACGGCCUCCAUUACACAGGCGAAUGGGUGGGGAACAAGAGGCAUGGAUACGGCUGCACCACCUUCCCUGACAGCACCAAGGAGGAGGGGAAGUACAAGCAGAACGUGCUGGUGAGCGGAAAGCGCAAGAACCUGAUUCCACUGAGGGCCAGUAAGAUCAGGGAGAAGGUGGACCGAGCGGUCGAAGCCGCUGAGAAGGCCGCAGACCUCGCCAAGCAGAAAGCAGAGAUCGCCAUGUCCAGGAUGAGCCACGCUCGGGGGAAGGCGGAGGCGGCGGAAGGAGUCGCACUCAAAGCCACAGAGGAGUGUCGACUGGCCCGGAUCACUGCCAAGGAGCUGUCCCCCUCCUUCCACAUCUACGGGAACGGGCUCGAAUGUCAAAGGCCCAAGCACCAGGACGCCAAGGACAAAGACCACGAGGUCAUCUCCACGGGGACAGACAGUCCGGAGCUGUGCACGCCGGACACCACGCCGCCUGUGAUAACACCUGAUCUGAGCCCCGUGCUGAGCGUACCCACCUCGCCGCCCCACAGCCCCCCCAAGCACGCCCACCGCCCCAGAAAUGCUUGCUUCAUGCGCCAGAGUGCCGUGGAUGAUCAGGGCGGGGCCGAGAUCCAGGUGCUGGUGGAGGGGCGGGGGGUGGAUCUGCCGAGCGGAGGGGCUAACAACUGGACCGAUGACAUGUACCCGGAGCGGGGGGGCAGCAGCCGCUCCACCACGCCCUCCCUUCUGGAGGAGCAGGAGGCCCAAAUUAACGGCCACGAGCAAACCCCUCUGUCCAACCACAAACCGCGGGAGAAAUCCUCGUCCAAUCACAAGUCACGGGAACACGCUUCCUCCUACAGAGCGUGGGAGCACUCCCUGUCCAACCAAAAGCCCUCCAAGCACGCCUCCUCCAAUCACAAGUCGAGGGAGUACUCAUCCUCCAAUCACAAAACAUGGGAUCAUUCUUCCACCAAUCAUAAGCCCUGCGAGCACGCCUCUUCCAACUACAAGCCGCAGGUGCACAUUUUAUCCAAUCACAAAGCCUUGGAACAUAACAUGUCCAAUCACAAGACUUCUGAGCAUGCUUCUUCCAAUCACAAGUCCCAAGAUUAUAUCUCCUCUAAUCACAAUGCAAAGGACCACGUCUCCUCUACUUAUAACCCUCGAGAGCAUGUCUACUCCAACCACCAUCCGAAGCAGCACAACCCCUCCAACCACAAGCUUAACGAGCAUAACGAGCACGCUGGAACCGACCAAAGGCUCGACGGCCUCACCGUGGGCUGGACUGCCGAGAGCACCCUUAGGUGGAGCCCCGCCCACUCACGCCUCACAGAGCAGGACGAGGAGCGGAUGAAUGACUAUACGGUGGACAUGAGGCUUCAGUGUCCGGACUCACAAAUGUCUAGGGGGCUGGGCCACCAGUCCCCGGCCCCCCAGAACAACAGGCUGCGAGCCCGAGGCCUGCGGCCGGUCAGAGAAGGAUCCAUGGACUCUGUACAGAUGCUGGACAACCUGAAUGUGGGGGCGGAGCUGGAGGAGUGGCCGCUGCACAGGGACCUCACCCUCUCCCCGCCCCUAAAGUCUCAACCCAUCACUCUGGAGCAGGAAGGAGAUCAUCUCACGCUCAAAUCAAACUCAGGCUCCAGCUCUAUUCUGGUGGUUAUGGUCAUUUUACUCAAUAUUGGAGUAGCCAUUCUUUUCAUUCACUUCUUUAUUUAAGCUUAUACAGGUAUGAUCUACUAAGACUUAUUGAUAACUACGGUAUAUUAUAUUAUUACUUACUGGGACGGACAUUUUGCCGAUUGGACUGGAGCCCGCAGCCGGAGUGACGGACACAUCAGAGCCUUUCUACUGUUGCUACCGGACUCUUCACCUCUGUCAACACCCGAUUCAGUUUCUCUGAGAACUCUUCCUUUUCAAAUGCUUGUUUUGAGCUUGUGACCACAGAGGAGGGUUAUUGGUGGAAGAAGGUAAAGUGCAGCUUCAGACGAGCGUGGUGCACCAGGACCACAUGCAUGGGUGUCCAUCACAUACUGCUAAAGGGACUGGAGAUGGCACAGGCAUCCGUUUUAUUUUCCACCGCUUUAGAUAAGAAUAUAGCAACUCUUGUUUCCUGGUUAUCAUGAGAAACAUGACACACUCACUUCAUCCACACACAAUAACCCCCUUUGCCUUUGAACCCUUUGCCCUCUCAGUCCACCAGUCCCUCCGCACUAUGCGCUACAUACAGAACUAUGCUGCAAGAGUAGAUCCAUUUUAAAGGGCUCCGUCAUUAUUCUUUUCUUAUUUUUCCACAAACAUAAACACACAACCAUUGCAUGAGGCUGUGUGGGAUUUUAAAAAGUGCAUUUUCUAUCCCUUUAACAUCACCGUUCUGUCCUCAUUUGUACGCACUCAUCCCGACUGUCACUUCUUGUCACUGCACCUGUCGGCAGGAGAUUUGGAAAUCACUUCACGUCCGACCACGUCACAGAAUCUGACCCAAUCAGAUUCACGUUUGAUCCGCGAAUCAAACGCCAUCGACCGACGCCGGCCAAGACCCGAGCGCCUGACCCCUCGAGGAACAUCCACCAGUUCAUCGUGAAGUGAAGUGAAAUUUAAUGUCGACCCACAUGACGCACACAUUCGCACGCAAAGAGAAAACCACAUAGACACAUGUAACUGCUGACAUACUGAGGAGGAUUCAGCCUUGCCCCUUUGUACAGCCUUGAGACUGUUAUGUUAUAACCACUAAUUCUACUAUAUAUGUGUAUGUGUCAUUAUUAUUCAAGUUUCUUACUUUUGCAGUUUGCAAGACAGAGAGAAUGCUGAGUGCCUCGUAUUUAUCCAUUUUCCUUCUCAAAUUGAUUUAAACCGCGGCCCUAUCAAACCCCCACGUGGGCAGACGACGAGGAGACGACCCUUCAACAUUAGGGAAGGUGACCCCCCCCACCCCCCGACAUGCAACCCUUCCUCCUCACCCUGAAAUGGCAUGCACUGUUUGGUCUCUCUCCCACUCCCCCUGGUGGACCAGUCAAAAAGGGAAACACGGGGUUUGUACGGUGUCAUUUCCAGACACUCUUUGGGCCGGAUGAGAUUUUUUUCAGCAUGUUUGUUUCGCCUGCUCAAUCUGGUGUCAGUGUGUGAGUUUCUCCCUCUCGUCUCUUUUAUCCAGCAACACGAGGCUACGUGAGACAUGGAGAGCGGUGUAAAAUAAACGCUAGCUUUUAACUCUCAGUGGAUACUGAAAAUGUCCAGAGUUUAUGAAUGAUAUAAAAAGAAACUCUCUGCUACUGUAUGUUUUAUACUUCGCACCCAGUGGCAUCAUCAUGUUGUGACAUCAUUGCAUGCCCGAGCAUGCUCUUUCUUACUCUUUGGUUUAUGAGGUUGUUUCAAAGUUAAUGUGGAGAAAAUAAUGAAAUGUUUGAAAUUAA